CAACCCUAUCCCAGCAGCAAAAGUGCCAAAAAUCAGCCACUGGCAUAUCUGCCAGGAAGAUGUUGCCUUUCUCCGCUCAAUUGCUAAAACCCUGACAAAUCCUGCUUUCCCCAGGUAGAUGACUCUCCUGUCUCCUCCAAUUGCACGGAGCUUCCAGCUUGAUUGUUUCUGUUCCACCCAUGUCUGCAAUCCAAACACCACCGCGCAAUCACCUCCCUCGCUCUCUCACUUCUCUCCGAAAACCAUCAAGGAAACUAAUCUUUUCUUCCACCCUGGCCAACAAGACUGUGCCUUGGCAACCCAGAAAGCUGCUCUGCAAACCCCCUCAGGCUCAGGGCAAGUAUGCCAGAGAAGACUAUCUUGUGAAGUAGUCAGCUGAGGAGGUGCAGAAGUUAGUGAAGGGGCGAGAGAACUGUACUCCUUAUUAUUGAUUUCAAUGCAAUAUGGUGUGGACCCUGCAUUUUUUGAUGG